GCUUGAGCAACUUGAUUGAAGAGGGAAAUCACUUUCACCAUGCGUGAUUUUCCAUUUUCCUACCUCUUACGAUUAUGAGACCAUGUCAUUGUUGUUGAUGUCGCUUUCCCAGUCGCCAUCCGCAAUUUCCUCCUUUUCCUCUUCCCAGGAAGGCCAUGGUCGACAACGCUGACCACAGCCGGCAAGCUGAGAGCUCACAGGAUGGGUCACUAGCAGCUAGCAGGCAGGGUACCGGUGUUGAUGAGCGCACCCGCCAGAAGAUUGUUGCAUUUAAAGUCUCUCAUGUGCUACUGAGCGUGUUCUUUAUAUGGCUAACGGCUGUACAUAUUAUCGGCAUUUUUUUCUUCGCCAAAGGCUUCCUCCUCGCUAGGUUAGUGUUGGACAACAAGUCCGAAUGCGCUGUGCUACCUGAUGGGCAACUGUCCCACGAGACGACAGGGUGCUGGCACCCGAAGUCCUUCGACCGAGCUGUGAUUAUAAUUAUCGAUGCGUUGAGAUACGAUUUCACUAUUCCUUCUGAGCGUUUUAUGCAUGAACCUCUACAAAAGCAUUACCUCGACAAUCUACCCAUCUUACACGAGACUGCCGUUGCAAGACCAGAACAUGCGAUACUGCUACCAUUUAUCGCCGACCCUCCAACUAGCACACUCCAGCGGCUCAAAGGCCUGACAACCGGAACUCUUCCUACCUUUAUAGACAUUGGCUCGAAUUUUGCGGGCACCGCGAUUGAAGAGGAUAACCUUGUAUCUCAAUUGAAACAUGCUGGCAAAACAAUUGUACACCUGGGGGACGAUACAUGGCAUUCGUUAUUUCCUGGAUACUUCGACUCGAACAUGACACGACCGUACGAUUCUUUCAAUGUGUGGGACCUGCAUACUGUUGACAAUGGAGUCACUGAACACAUUAUGCCGUUACUGGAUCAGUCUCCUGUUCAAUGGGACAUUAUCUUUGGCCACUUCCUGGGUGUCGAUCAUGCUGGACAUCGUUACGGACCUGACCACGCCGCAAUGGCCGAGAAACUGCGCCAAAUGAAUGAGGUGAUAGAGCAAAUUAUACAACGAAUCGACGAUCAUACGUUGCUAGUUAUCAUGGGGGAUCACGGCAUGGAUACCAAGGGUGACCAUGGUGGAGAAUCGGACGAUGAGGUGGAAGCUGCCCUCUGGAUGUAUUCAAAACGACCUCGCUUUGGCAGGACGAACAAGGAUGCUUUGAUGCCACCAGCGACCGCUAAAGAACGACCUGUAGGUCAAAUCGACCUUGUAUCGACCCUUUCAAUCUUACUCGGCCUUCCCAUACCUUUCAACAACCUCGGCAGACCAAUCGCUGAGGCUUUUGCAGGCCCCAGAACCGUGAAUUGGAAAAACCUGGCAAGAGUGGAAUACUUGGCUCAGUCUCAAAUUGCCAGGUACCAAGAACACUAUGCGCGGUCACGAGAUCUAGGUCUUGACGAGGAAGCGUACAAGGGUCAACGGACGCACCUGCGACGAUCCAUGAGUGCCAGCGAGAGUGGUCAGUGGGAAGAGGCCUACUAUGCCUACGUAGAGUGGCAUAAAGAAGUUAUCUCCAUGUACCGAAAGCUGUGGGCAAACUUCAAUUUGGCUGAUAUGCUCUUCGGUGUCAUCAUUUCGGGCCUCUCCCUUACCUUUUUGUUUCUCUUUGCUCGAUUCUCGAGAGGGGAUAAAGCAAUCGUCGCGACAAGCCUUCUCCGAAGUGCUGGCCUUGGGACGGCUGCUGGUGCGGCAGUUGGGCCAGUGCUGGGAGUUCUCCUCCCUGCAUACUUCUCGUCGUUGGCUGGGUUAGGGUUAGGAGCGAGCAUUGGCGGUGUCGUCGCUGCUGGGACCUGGUUAUAUCAAAAGCGAGCCUUGAAAAGAUUCCGCUUUCCUUCGUUCUGGGGCUGGCUGGCGUUUUUGUUCUGUGUGACACAAUCGGCCGGGUUUGCUUCGAAUUCUUACACCAUUCAUGAGGAUACGAUUCUUCUCUUCUUUCUUACCACGUUUGGUGUUUUGUCUCUGAUGUCCUCGCUGAGGCAAACCUAUCAUGCCGACCGAAUCUUGGGGUCUUACCAGUCGGUCUUAUUUAUACUCCUGACUCGGUUGGCCUCGUUUUCCCGGUUGUGUCGGGAAGAGCAGAUGCCCGGGUGCCGGUCCAGCUUCUAUGCCUCCACAAACUCGUCGAUAUCGGCACCCUGGCAGUUGCUGGUACCCUACUCGGUGGCUUUGCUGCUACCAGAGAUCAUCAAAGCAUUCUACCGUGGUACGGCUUCCUAUGCAGGAUCGGCCGGGUUCUGGAUUGGCUUCUGCUUUCGAAUAGGUCUUCUGCUUGUUGCGGUGUAUUGGACAGUGGACGCCGCAGACAAUGGAGAGUGGUGGAAAGAGCGGAUCUCGUCGACCACUCUGAAAACAAUCAAUCUCACUCUUGCUCGGUGUGCACUUGCCAUUGCCCUUCCGGUCGGUAUCGGUACUUUUCUGUGGGCCAAACCCUGCAUCGACAUCUCUGUGGUUGACGCAGCAGACAGGACCGAUGAGACGGCAGCACCUGCUCGGCCACAGUUGACCAUCUUCGGCUAUGCAAAUGCGUUUGGCAGUCGAUACUUCCUGUUCAUCCCUGCCCUGGUCUUGGCUGUGGCUCUGUUGCUCCCACCUAUGGGUCAGUUCUCGAUCGCUAUUUGUGCAUGGCAAAUCCUGUGCCUCGUCGAUAUCCUCGACAGCAAUGCACUCACCAUUACCUCAACGUCUCAAUCCAGCAUUGGCCCGAUCGUACUUGCCUUGCUGGGAUCCUAUCAUUUUUUCAAGACCGGGCAUCAGGCGACUUUGGCAUCAAUACAAUGGAACUCGGCGUUCGUGCCACUGAGCACCAUCCGAUACCCCUGGUCGCCUCUUCUGGUCAUCUUGAAUACGUUCGGCGCACAGAUCAUCUGUGCGGCAGCUGUUCCUCUGACUGUGUUGUGGAAACGGCCUCUUGGAAAAGUGGGAGUUCGCGGAUUGUGGAACGAUGUGGUCAACGCUUGUCUCACGCAUGCGUUGUACUAUGCCACGAUUCAAGUUGCGACGACAAUGUGGGCAGGGCAUUUGAGGCGGCAUCUGAUGUUGUACAGGGUAUUCAUGCCGAGAUACCUGAUGGCUUGUGGGGUGCUGGUCAUUGUGGACGUGGUGCUUGUUGUGUCUGCUCUUGCUGGGGCCAGAGUGGUUGGUCUCAGUGUGGGAGAGGUGUUUGGAUAUUGAGAUUGAUAACUCUAUCCCAUAAUGUGUCGAAAACGAAAAUCAAUGCAAUCCAAUGAAAUCUACCCAAAUUCUAGAUGGCGCGCCUACUCAUAUCUUAGUCACCCAGCAUUAACCUACUGCAGAACUGAUGCA